AUGCUGCCCGAAUUCACGGGUCUAGCUCUAAAUGAUCCGCCGCUAUUCUCGGGGACACUCUUCCGAUCAGAUGGCGCCGCCGUCCUUGCUGCCGAACAGUUAGAUGUGGCCCCGGUGCCCGACAAGCCUGAGCGACCCGCCAAACGGGUGACAAUCAGUCGGUACAAUCUUCCGGCCCAGGAUUAG